UUUGAAAGGGACGAAUGGGGCAGUGUUGAUGGAGCGGCUGUUGGAACAAGGGCUACAACGAAUGGAGUAGGAGCAGUGUCUGAUUGUGUAGUAGACAUGGACCACAUGGUGAAGCAUGGCUGGGCGUGGGGCAAUGUAGGUUUAGCAGUAAAGGGCAAGCCGAUUGGGCGUGGGGUAUGGGGUAGUGUUGGUACGUGGAAUGAAUGGAAUGGAAUGGAAGCUGCAGUAUAUGUUGGUUACGUGCUGCAAUAUAUGAAUGGCAUGGAAUGA